GUUACGACACUCCCUUAAAAAUCCCCAAAAACUGACCGUUGCAGCCGCCGCACCAGCUCCGCUCUCUUUGCUCACAGACAAAGAGAAGAGCCCUUUCCUCUUCUUCCAUCUUCCAUCUCUCUCAACUUUCCCAAAUCUCAUUGCAUUCUCAAAAUCAUCCAAACCAGAACCAGAAGGCAGAAACCGACGAAAAUGGCGUCGACCCCCCCACGGCGCAAAAGCGGGAUCAACCUGCCGGCCACCAUGUCGGAGUCAUCUCUCCGGCUGGAGCCGCUUCGAGGCGUCUCGAACCUCCACUCGCCGAGGACGAUGUCACCGCGGACGAUCUCGAACCUGUCGUCGUCGCCGGCCAAGUCCGUGACUUGCAGUGACCGGUUCAUUCCCUGCCGGUCGUCGUCGAGGCUCCACACGUUCGGGCUCGUGGAGAAGGCGUCGCCGUCGAAGGAGGGUGGCUGCGGCGGAAGCGGAAACGGAAGCGAGGCCUAUUCGAGGUUGUUGAAAUCGGAGCUUUUUGGGUCUGAUUUUGGGUGUUUUGUUUCUUCUGCAGGUCAAGCGUCGCCGAUGAGUCCGAGCAGGAACAUGCUGCGCUUCAAGACGGAUCAUUCCGGGCCCAACUCCCCCUACUCGCCGUCGAUUCUGGGUCAUAGUGGCGGCUUUCCGUCGGAGCCUUCGACGCCGCCGAAGCCGCCUAGGAAGGUCCCCAAGACGCCCCACAAGGUUCUAGAUGCCCCAUCACUCCAAGAUGACUUCUACCUUAAUUUGGUCGAUUGGUCGUCGCAGAAUGUGCUUGCCGUUGGAUUGGGUACCUGCGUUUAUCUAUGGAAUGCAACAACCAGCAAAGUAACGAAGUUGUGCGAUUUGGGACCUAGCGAUGGGGUGUGCUCGGUCCAAUGGACUCGAGAGGGUUCAUACAUUUCAAUUGGUACAAACUUGGGUCAAGUUCAGGUAUGGGAUGGGACUCAAUGCAAGAAGGUGAGAACCAUGGGUGGGCAUCAAACGAGGACCGGUGUCCUGGCUUGGAGUUCGCGUAUACUAUCUUCCGGGAGUAGAGACAGAAACAUACUUCAACAUGAUCUUCGUGUGCCCAAUGAUUUCGUCAGCAAGCUUGUUGGCCACAAAUCCGAGGUCUGUGGAUUGAAAUGGUCUCAUGAUGACCGGGAACUUGCAUCGGGAGGCAAUGAUAAUCAGCUUCUAGUAUGGAACCAGCAUUCUCAGCAGCCUGUUCUGAAACUGACGGAGCACACAGCCGCUGUCAAGGCCAUUGCCUGGUCGCCCCACCAGAGCAGCCUUCUGGCAUCUGGAGGUGGAACUGCUGAUCGCUGCAUUCGCUUCUGGAACACCACAAACGGCAAUCAGUUGAACAGUGUCGACACCGGGAGCCAGGUGUGCAAUCUGGCAUGGAGCAAAAAUGUGAAUGAGCUAGUGAGCACUCAUGGCUAUUCCCAGAAUCAAAUUAUGGUGUGGAAAUAUCCAUCAAUGGCCAAGGUUGCUACUCUAACUGGCCAUAGUUUGCGGGUGCUAUAUCUUGCUAUGUCACCAGAUGGCCAGACAAUAGUGACUGGAGCAGGAGAUGAGACCUUGCGGUUCUGGAAUGUAUUCCCAUCGAUGAAAACACCAACACCAGUCAAAGACACAGGCGUUUGGUCAUUGGGAAGAACCCAUAUAAGAUGACAAGCUGGGACAAGUUUUAGAGUUGGAUACAAACACCAGAGUCAAUUCCUGUUUUUGAGGUUUUUGUAAAUGGAGAUGACUCUCAGUCCAUUUCUGUAGAUGACAAGCUGGGACAACUUUAUACAAACACCAGAGUCAAUUCCUGUUUUUGAGGUUUUUGUAAAUGGAGAUGAUUCUCAGUCCAUUUCUGUUUGGGUUUUUUGUAAAAUGGAGAUAUUGUAAAGUGUAUUCUUUUGGCCUCUUGUUCAGUUA